CGCCCUUCGACCCCUCCGUCGAAUGCGCCCGAGGGUCGCGCUUUCCUCCGUCUCGUUGGUCGCCUGAGCCUUCGCGGACGCCGUUGUCAGCUGACCUGACUAGGAACGGCUGCAGGCACGGAACUCGGAAUACAGGCUUUUUGGGUGGCCGGGCGCCGCCAUGGCUCCGGACCCCUGGUUGUCGAUGUAUGAAUCCACUUGCCAUACUGCCCAAGAGGUUGCUGAAAAAAUUCAAGAACGCAAUCGAUGUCAGAGGAAUGGUGAAAGUGCAACUAAGCUCAAUGUUUCCAUCAGGUCACUGUUGCAAAACCUCAAAGAAAAGACCGAGCGUCUGAAGGACCUCUUGCUUCACUCUGUAUCAACACGUCAGAUAACACAACUUGAAGGGGACAGGCGGCAGAACUUAGUGGAUGACCUCCUCACGCGACAUCGUCAUCUUCAGGCAUCUUUCAAAAAUGAGGGGACAGAACCGGAUGUGAUAAGGUCUAGCCUAAUGGCUGGAGGGGUCAGACAAGGUGUCGUAAACCCAUGGCUUGUGGAGGAGCCUGAGGAAACAAGAGGGCUUGGCUUUCAUGAAAUCCAGCAACAGCAACAGAGAAUUAUAGAAGAGCAAGAUGCUGGUCUUGAUGCUCUCUCUUCUGUCUUAGCCCCAAAACAGAUGGGGCAGGAAAUUGGAAUGAGUUAGAGGAAACAGAAUGAAAUCAUCGACGAUAUCACCAAUUUAGUAGAAAAUACUGACAACAAGCUGCGCAACCAAACCAAGCGUGUAAUGACAGUGGACAGAAAAUCAUCUUCUUGUGCAACAGAAUGUCAGAGUCCCCAGUCUGCUGAGACAAAGGAUAAGAAGUUGUGGGGGAAGAGACCACCUGCCAGAAUUGAGGUUCCAGAAUAUCACCAUAACAAGUCUAAAGGGAAAGUGACGGGAUGAUCCUUUCUGGGACACAAAACUGGACUUAGAUGUAAUCUGGGUGGAAGUGUAUGAAACCACUGGCUUCUCUGGAGCUUCAAGACAUCUGCAGCAUGAUUGAAUUCUUGGCAUAAGAGUGACUUCACUGUAGUAUUAUCACUGCAUGUAGACAGACUUUCAGUUUGCUCAAUUAAUGUUCACGAAGCUGUGGCUGGGGCCUCUGCUGCUGUAGCUCAUUGAUGGCAAAAUCCCCACAACUUUCUGUUUGUGCUUUUCAGAGCAGAAGUUGAUUUCUUCUUUUUCUUUCCUCCUCUUUUUCUUCUCUUUCCUGCAUUUUCAAGCAUGCUGGGGCCUGGUGCCAUCGAGUCAGUGUGCUAUUAUACACGUGUGUUGAAGGAGCAGAUUUAGGGAAACUGGAAACCAGACUUUUUAAAAUAGCUGGGAAAAUUACAAUACUAAAGUUGCAAUAUUAGUAUUCCUGUAAGUCCCACUGGAUUCAACUGGCCUUACAUCUGAGUAAGCCUGCAUAGGACUGAGGUUCACACCAGCUCCUUUCUUCUUCUAAGUCAGAUGGCUUGCUUUGGGAAAAGGCUCUCUGUGCUUGCUGGGCAUUCAGAAUUUUGCCCCAAGCAUGAUAUAGUAAAAACAGAGAUGAGGAUGUGGCGUGACUGGGGUGGAGUGAGACAAGGAGAUUUUUAAGCAAAGGAUUAGAAUGUCUGGGUAAAAAAAAAAAAAGGAACCAAUUAAAUAAUUAACCAUUACUUGAUUUUAAUGAUCUACAUUUAACAAAAUCAAAUAAUUUUACAAUGACGUGGAAAGGGCUGUAGAUCAGUGGGAGCCAUGCAGGAAGUCCCAGAUUCAAUCUCUGGAAUCUCCAGGUAGGCUGAAAUGGACCUGCCACCCCACACCGCCUGAAACUGCUACUGCCAGUCACAAUACAGAGCAGAAGGCAGCUUCCUAUGUUGCAUUUACUGGUUAUUGUAGAAAUGAUUUGUGGCUCCAAAAUAUCCAAUAGGCAACCUUUUAAAAUCUACUGGAUUGCUCCUGCAAAGUUUAUUUUUCUCUCUUUUACGACAGAUAAUGCAUAUUUGAUUCCCAUUGCUUUCUAUGCAAAUAGCACUGUUCUACUCUUGCUAUGGAAAUAAUUUUCGUAUUUGCAUAUGAUUUACCUUUAAGCUUUCUUUUCCCCUUUGUAUUGCUACUUUAUGUUGCAAAUACUAAGAAGAAAGAAAACAACAAAAGCUUUAAAUAGACAAGAGACUACAAAUAUAAAACUGUAGCUUGUUAGCAAUUCUGAGGGAUUUCACAAUGAUGAUAUACAAAACACACUGAAUAGCUGUGCAAUCCUCUACUUGUCUAGUCACAAGUAAUCCCUACUGAGGCAAAUGGGACUUACUCCCAAGUUAUUCAGUGUAGAAACUGCAGUGUCGUAGUGACAUCAUGACUUGGAAACAAUGUUUUUUCAAUUGGGAUAAAACACUGUUAACUGUGGGUAUUACUGAUUUUUAGAUUAUUUUAACCCAGCUGGAAAAGCAUUGCUUCCAAGGCACCAGAUCACUACAAUACUUGUUCUUACCUCAAAUUUAACUGCAACCAUUUAUCUUUUGAAAGCAUAUUUCAGGAGUGCUGUUUGUUACCAUGGAGAUAUAAUAUACUGUAAUGUCACGAGUUUUUUCUCAGUGAACUGUGCUAAUUUGUUUUAAAAUGUUAUAAACCCUUAAAGGUUGGGCUUUCUUUUAAGACCGUUGUAGCCAUUAGAAAGAAAGAAAGAAAGAAAGAAAGAAAGAAAGAAAGAAAGAAAGAAAGAAAGACCUUGAGCAAAGUGUAUUUGAUCUGGAUAUAUCAAAAUUAUGAGCCUGCCAGUCUUGUCUCUGUUUUCCAUAGAAAGAAACCCAAGGAAGCAGACUGCUCCAUGGUCGUGCAGUGAGCUGAGGUUCAGCUCACUAUAAUUCAAAAUGCUGCUGUUCAUAGAAGAAAACUGGUUAAGGCUUGGUCUUAUUUCCUUUCACAAAACUCAAAUCUCUGUGCAUGUGAGAAGGAGCAGCAGCUAUUGAUUCCCCGGGGGGAGCAAGCUGAGCAAUGAUUCUUUACUGAAGCCUCAAAAUUUGGCUGAGAAUCUUUGGAGCAGACAUUUAGGAGGAAGAUUGGCAUCCUUAAUUAAAAGUUUAGCCUGCAUUAAGCCAACUUGCCGCCUUUCCAUAUGUUAAAUUCCACUGCUCCCCAAUAGGUUUAUAUUGGCAAGUGGAGCCUGAGUGCAUUCAUGGUUCAUAUCAUUCAUCAUUUUUUCAUCAAAAGCAUGGAAAUCCUUUCCCCAGUGUGCAGAGCAGUUUUACAGAAAUACUAUAAAACUCGACAGGGGCUCUGUUUCAAUAGAAUUACAUUGGUAUCAGUAGCCUGGUAAAUAUCAGAGUUGAAAUUAAUCAAAGGGGCUUAUGGAACCAAUUCCAAAUAUAUUAUACAACAAAACAGGUUUUACAUAGAAAGGUCAUUUGGAACUUCCCUAUCAACCUCACUCUUUUUAAGAAGAUGGGGGUGGAUAUGGAGGAGUGAGGAAAUAAAAAUAAUGCAAUGGUUUAUCUAGGAGGACAGGAAGGUGAAUGUUCCUGUUUCACCUCCUGCUUCAGGAACUGUUUGAGAAAGCUGUGAAAGGUUAAAAUCAUAUUUGUCUCCAGUUUCUGAGGCACAAAUCCAAAACUUCAGCUGAGCCUACCUUUUUUAAGGCCCCUUUUUAUAAACAAACUAAUAAUGCAUAAUAUGUAAACAGGAUGUGGAACAUUUGCUAGUGGCACAGACUCAGCAUAUGCAGCAAGAAGCAGUCUCAUGCUUGCAAUUGUCCACCUACACUGCAUAUGUUUCCAUAGGGUUCCAUAUUUAUGUAGACAGCUGCCCAACAGCAUGUCCAGUACUUCAACAGAACAGAUUGGUAGCAGAAGUUGUGUAGCCAUUCCUGGAUCAAUGCUAUAAAUGUAUUUGACCACAGAAAGGGUUCUGCAUGAAAACAUUCUUCUAAACAGAACAGACAGAGCGGAAAAAUAGGGUUGCUUAUGUUGAGGUAGAUGUUCAAUGAAUGGUUUGACUGUUGAGAAUACAAUGUAAGAUUAAAAUAGGCACUUAGGUUGCAACACUAAUAUACUUACUCAGGAGUAAGCCCAAUUGAACUCAAUAGGAUUUAUUUCUAAGUUGGCAUGUAUAGGAUUCUGGGGUUAGUUUCCCUUUUAAUUUGGAAACUGUGCUAGAAAUUAAUCCUCCUGGUGAGAUGGGGCAGGGACAGCUGCCAGGAGAGAGAGAGAGAAAGAACAGGAGCUUUGGGUCAUUUCUAAGUCCCAAUAGUACCACUCUAGUGAUAACGCAACUCUUUCUUGCAUUAAUUUUAUGGGACAUGAAUUAUAUCCUUCAUCUCUCAAACAUGAUGCCUUCUUGAACCACUGGCAUUUCAUUUCUGCCUUUGACCACCCAGUAGCAUACAGCAGCCUGGCUCCUUUUCUGCUUCCAGGCUGCUUCAGUAGGCCUUGGCAUGAUCCCAACCCUGCCACUUCAUGUGAUAUCCCUACUCAAUCUGUCAUCUCUUUUCCUGUUGUGUGGCUUCUUUCCAAGUUGCAGUAAGGAGCUCAUCACACUUGCUGGUCUAGCAAAAGGUUUCCUUUCCUUUCCUUUUUCCAUUUGCUUAAUAUUGGCUUCUCUGAAUGGUGCAGAGCUGAGGGUGCCCGCUUAAUUUUUUCUAUACAAAAAGCUAGCAGGACAGACAAGUGACAAAGCAGCAUAAUUCUAUAAGUGAUAAAGUUGCAAUUUAUUUAAAAAUUAUUUAAUCUGACCGUUUUAGAUUCUUAAGAAAAGUAUUACCCAUUUCAUAUGUCUUUCGUUUCCUCCAAUAAAAAUGUUCACAUUCCA